UAAAUAAUUAUGUUUGACCACCUAUGAAAACAGUUCUUUGAGAGAAUACAUUUAUCAUAUCUUGGAUGAUAAUGCAUUAUCUAAUGUGACAGGUCAGGGGUAAACAUGGAUUAGCAUGCUCAUCCCAGCAGCCUGUGAUACUUUCUAUGUCCCCUUGACCUAUAUUACAAUCCAAGGGUCAUUACGAGAAAACCUGAAUCAGUUUCAUUAUGUUUGGGAUAUAUUUUAUUGUUUAUCUAAAUGUAUAUUAACUUAGUUGAAUUUGUGGUUGUUCACAAGAACAGCUGACCAGACAUUUGGAGAAGACUAUGGAAAGAUAAAAUAUGAGUGGUUGUUUAAAUGAGAUUAAGCGAUUACAUGUUUAUGCAGAUUACUUUAUAAACCAGAUUGAGAGAGAGGUACAGAAUCUCUGUCCAUUUUCACAGGUGGAGGAGACCUCAUCAUAAGCGGCAACAAUGCCGGUCAUAAAUGUAGAAGAGCUAACAGAUCUGGAUAAGGCUAAAAUGGAAGUAACCCAACUCAAAAUUGAGGUGAAGCUUGAAAGGGCGAAGGUGUCCAAAUGCUGUGAAGAGAUUUCAGAGUACAUUCAGAGCGGAGCAGAUGAGGAUCCUUUGGUCAAAGGCAUUCCAGAAGAGAAGAACCCAUUCAAAGAAGGUGGCUGUGUCAUUUGCUAAUGUGGACAGAGAAACCCCCAACUCUUGCAGUUUAGUGUUCAUUGCUGCCCAUGGACACCUGAUAAAAUUUAAUCAUAGCUGGAAUCCACUCUGCUACCCGAAAAAGGACAAUCACAAACAUGGAUAGAUGUUUGAUUAAGUCUAAAUGGCUUUUUCUCCCUUGUAAAUGAGUCCCCAGGAUCUGGACCCUCAUAUGUUGUGUAUUCCUCUUUGAAGAGCUGUAAUAAAUCAGACAACCAUUGUGCACUGAUCACCAGAGACUUGAUGGACUAAUACAUGUAUUUAUUUUGUGGGCAGCCUGCCAAAGGGUAACAUCUGUGUGACAAAACGGUGAAAGUGAAAUGUAUGAGCUUGUAAUUCACAUGAUAAAUCAAGGCUUAAUCGGUGGAAUAUUUUAGCUAUUCAAUAAAAUCACAUUACUUGGCAAAGGGCCACUA